GGUCUGAAGGUCAGGAAUGCUUCCCCGGGAGCCUUUUCUAGGAGAGGACAAAGCACUUGGCUGCAGGCUGUCUGGGACGGGGUGGAGGGCGCGCAGAUCUUGCUGGGGACACGGCAACCUGCUCGGGGGGGGGGGGGGGCCCGGACAGGACGGAGGACAGGAGAAGAAACAUCGUCCAGGGGGGCCCCAUCCCCCAGGAGCACCUCACUGGCAGCGCUCAAACUGGUGAAGCUGGAGAGGUUACCCAUUUCCAGUCGCUCUGCUGAGAAACAACUGGCCCAAUUUCCAUGGAGACCAGGGGAUCUGAAGGUUUGGAAAAGCCCUGGAAGAAAUUGGUGAGUGGGUCACGGGAGACUGAUGAUGUACAGGGCAAGGUGAGACCUGAGUUACUCUCAGAAGAUGAGAAAACACGCCACGCCAACCAAGAGACGCAAGACAGAGAACCCCGCCGCUCCAUCCCAAUUCAGAGAAACUCCAUCUUCAACCGCACCGUGAGACGCAAAAGCAAAGGCAAACCCAGGGAUGCUCCUGAACAGAACACCCCUGACCCAGCAGAUUCACUGGAAAAUGGACAGUCUGUAAAUGAGUCCCUGACCUUGAAUUCCCCCCAGAGCAGGAUGUCUCGGUGGAGAACCCCGAUACAGCCAGACCCAGGAGCCAAGAGAACAAGCGAGUCGUCCUCCACCCCGGGAAAUGGGGCCACACCCGAGGAGUGCCCGGCGCUCGCCGACAGCCCCACCACGCUCACCGAGGCCCUGCAGAUGAUCCACCCCAUUCCCGCCGACUCCUGGAGAAACCUCAUCGAACAAAUAGGGCUCCUGUAUCAGGAAUACCGAGAUAAAUCAACUCUCCAAGAAAUUGAAACCAGGAGGCAGCAGGAUGCAGAGAUACACGCCAAUGCCCACGGCUCCCCGGUCAGCGAGGAGACUCCGGAGGAGGAGGAGGAGGAGGAGGAGGAAGAGGAAGAGGAAGAGGAAGUAAGCCCACCCGAGAGGAAGGCUCUGCCCCAGAUCUGCCUGCUCAGUAACCCCCACUCGAGAUUUAACCUCUGGCAGGACCUCCCGGAGAUCCAGAGCAGCGGGGUGCUGGAAAUCCUCCAGCCGGAGGAGAUCAAACUGCAGGAGGCCAUGUUCGAACUGGUCACUUCCGAGGCCUCCUACUACAAAAGCCUGAGCCUGCUCGUGUCUCACUUCAUGGAGAAUGAGCGUCUGAAGAAGAUCCUGCACCCGUCCGAGGCUCACAUCCUCUUCUCCAACGUCCUGGACGUCAUGGCCGUCAGUGAGCGGUUUCUCCUGGAGCUGGAGCGCCGGAUGGAGGAGAACAUUGUCAUCUCGGACGUGUGUGACAUCGUGUACCAUUAUGCGGCCAACCACUUCUCGGUGUACAUCACCUACGUCAGCAACCAGACCUACCAGGAGAGGACCUACAAACAGCUGCUCCAGGAGAAGGCAGCCUUUCGGGAGCUGAUUGCGCAGCUGGAGCUGGACCCCAAGUGCCGGGGGCUGCCCCUGUCUUCCUUCCUCAUCCUGCCUUUCCAGAGGAUCACGCGCCUCAAGCUGUUGGUCCAGAACAUUCUGAAAAGAGUGGAAGAAAGGUCUGAGCGUGAGUGCACUGCCUUGGAUGCCCACAAAGAACUGGAAAUGGUGGUAAAAGCGUGCAACGAGGGUGUCAGGAAGAUGAGCCGCACAGAGCAGAUGAUCAGCAUUCAGAAGAAGAUGGAGUUUAAGAUCAAGUCGGUGCCGAUCAUCUCCCACUCCCGCUGGCUGCUGAAGCAGGGUGAGCUGCAGCAGAUGUCAGGCCCCAAGACAUCCCGAACCCUGCGGACCAAGAAGCUCUUCCGGGAAAUUUACCUCUUCCUCUUCAACGACCUGCUGGUGAUCUGCCGGCAGAUCCCCGGAGACAAGUACCAAGUGUUUGACUCGGCCCCACGGGGACUCCUCCGCGUGGAGGAACUGGAGGACCAGGGCCAGACGCUGGCGAACGUGUUCAUCCUGCGGCUGCUGGAGAACGCGGACGACCGGGAGGCCACCUACAUGCUGAAAGCGUCUUCUCAGAGUGAGAUGAAGCGUUGGAUGACCUCACUGGCCCCCAACCGGAGAACCAAGUUUGUUUCCUUCACUUCCCGGCUGCUGGACUGCCCCCAGGUCCAGUGUGUGCACCCGUAUGUGGCCCAGCAGCCGGAUGAGCUGACACUGGACCUGGCCGACAUCCUGAACAUCCUGGAAAAGACCGAAGACGGGUGGAUCUUUGGCGAGCGUCUGCAUGACCAGGAGAGAGGCUGGUUCCCCAGCUCCAUGACUGAGGAGAUCUUGAAUCCCAAGAUCCGGUCCCAGAACCUCAAGGAAUGUUUCCGAGUCCACAAGAUGGACGACCCUCAGCGCAGCCAGAACAAGGAUCGCAGGAAGCUGGGCAGCCGAAAUCGGCAAUGACCCCCGGCCCGGGUCACCAGCCUGGCGGAAAGACGCGGGUGGGCGGGCCGGAGCAGCUCCGGGCAGGCAAACCCCAAGGAACGGUGGAGGGGCUCUGGGGGGAGGCAGGCGCCUUGUGCAGGAGCCACCCCCACCCCCUCCCUGCCGCGUGCUGAGUGCUCAUGUGUCUUGGCCCCCUCGCUUGCAGACAACUGGAGAAAGGGUGCCUACGUCUUUGCUGCAUUUAUAAACGAGAAAGGGUAUUUUAAACAGUAUUCUCCCACCUGUUCCUCUUGUCUCUUAGAGGGGGUGGAAGUGGACUGGCAUGCUCCAGGGGCCUUCCCAGGCACUGGAAGAGGCCCCACACCCCGGGGUGUCCCUGGCCAAGGACAGGCUGGAAGGAUUGUCAUGACCCCCUGCACAUGUCCUUCUCUACCCUGGAAGCCAUUAGAAUCCACCAGGCGUGCAGAUGGACCGCCUUUGCCUGAGCUUGUUGAGCAGCCCUUGGUCUCCGAUUCAAAGGACCGAGAGACCAAAUGCCUCUGUCCUCCCCCCUCCCCAAGCCUCUGCCAGCCUCUGGCUGCACGGCCAGGCCCUGCUUCAUGGCAGGCCUACCAGAGCUUGGCCGAGGGCCCGUGCCACCUCUGGCUCCCUGACAAGCUGGAUGUAACUUGUGUCUUCUGGCCCCUUCAGGAGCCCAGGUGUUGUGAGGAAUGAAUUGGCCACUGCAUCCUGUAUCGGUUUUGGUUCCGAGAAAAGCAAAUAUCAUUUUUGGCUGCAUUAAAAGAAGCAUCA